ACUUGUGUCGGAACAGUUCAAUACAUGGAAACAUCAGAAACGCUUGCUUUUGAACAGGUCCAACAGGAAACUAGAAUAUAAUAGAAUAUAAUAGACGAAGAGACCAACCAGCCGAUGUGUGAUUCAAUUCUUGUGGUAAAUUAUAUGAACAAAUAUAUUCGGCUCCACUCGCCAUCUUAGUGUCGGACCGUGAAUACGCAUUGAUGUGCUCGGCGAGAAUCAUUUCGAGUUAUCCGAAUCAUAGUUCUCCACAAAUUACGUCGCAAACCACGUGCGAAGCUCGUUCUUAAAGCAAAAUAGGAUGGAUCAAGCCAAACUAAAAAAGCUCGGACUAAGAUUGUUCGAAAUAAACGCGUUCAAAUUCGGCGACUUCCAGAUGAAGGUCGGGAUAAACUCACCGGUAUACUUUGAUCUUCGUGUGAUCGUCAGUUAUCCGGAUGUGAUGGAUACCAUUGCAGAUCUACUAACGGAAUUUAUAAAAACGAUGAAGGUGGAUACUGGUGUUCAUUUGUGCGGCGUCCCAUACACAGCGCUUCCUAUAGCAACACUAAUUUCAGUCAAAGCGAACCAACCGAUGCUGAUUCGUCGCAAGGAGACAAAAAAUUACGGAACUAAAAAACUGAUUGAGGGGAAAUUCAGUGCCGGCGACAAAUGCCUCAUCAUCGAAGAUGUUGUCACAUCUGGCUCCAGUAUUUUGGACACAGUGAAUGAUUUACGAUCCGAAGGUCUUGUAGUCACCGAUGCAAUAGUUGUGGUGGACCGAGAGCAAGGUGGCGCUAAGAAUACUGAAGAGAAGGGUGUUAAAAUGCACUCUCUGUUUACACUGUCGUAUCUGCUGAAUACGUUGCUCGAAGCCGGUCGUAUCGAGGAGAAAACAGUACAGUCGGUUGCCAGGUAUAUCGAAAGCGCCCAAAUUAGGAGCGACGGAUCAUUCAUCAAACAAGACGUCAAGGUAGUUAACAGUUUGAACCGCCUUGGAAUGACUUUCGAAACACGAGCAGCCUUUGCCGUAUGUCCAAUAGCCAGAGAGUUGAUGAAAUUGAUUGCCUCAAAGAAGACUACACUUUGUUUAGCCGCAGACCUUUCAACUUCCGAUGAAAUCCUCAAUCUCGUAGAGAAAGCUGGUCCAUACAUUUGUAUAUUGAAAACUCACGCUGAUAUCGUCGAUGACUACAGUGAAGCGUUCAUCAAGUCACUGCAAUCGUUAGCUGAGAAGCAUAACUUCAUGAUAAUGGAAGAUCGCAAAUUUGCAGAUAUUGGGAGUACUGUAGCCCUCCAGUAUUCUAAUGGACCGUUUAGAAUUGCCGAUUGGGCCGAUUUGGUUACCGUACAUUCGCUUCCCGGACAGGGCAUCCUCAAAGGUCUGAGGAUGGUGCUGAACAAUUGCACGCAACCCAAAGGAGCCUUUUUACUGGCGGAGAUGAGUUCCCAGGGCAAUCUAGUUUCACCUCAAUACAGCGCUGCGACGAUCAAGAUGGCGACAGAAACAGAUGCUGAAUUCGUUGCUGGCAUUGUAUGUCAAAGCCCGGGUUUAGUUACUUUCCCAGGACUACUACAGUUGACACCGGGUGUAAAAAUAGAGCAAGGUGUCGAUGAGCUAGACCAGCAGUAUUCUACUCCCGAAUACGUUGUGAGCGAAAAAGGAGCGGACAUUUGCGUCGUUGGGAGAGGUAUCCUGAACUCGAAAAAUCCGGAACACACAGCCAAACUCUACAGGGAUAGGCUAUGGGAAGCUUACUGCGUACGCAUAUUGAAAUACGAUGUAUGAUAAUCGCAUCUAUUACAACUGGAAGAUAAAUUACCUGGAUAUAAUAAUAAUAAUAAUAAUAGCCAUUCCCACAUGUUAGGUAUACGACAUUUUUGUAACUAUUUGUUAUCCACUUUAUACAAUGGAUUAUUCCUUAAUAAACAUUAUACUGAGAGCAUUUUCUUCCAUGUAUACCAUGA